AUGUCUGUAACGGAGAUUGGCAGUUCUUCUAGCAACAGAGGUAGAGUACACUCGCCAGAAAUAGAAUAUAGUGAAGAAGAUGAGGAGGAACCGGAGGAGGAUCCGGAAGAGGAUCCUGAGGAGGAUCUAAAAGAAGAGGCAGAAGAAGACGAUCCUCAAGAAGAAGAGUAUGAAGAAGAAGAACUGUUAGAUGAAUCAAAUGUUGAACAGUACAGAAGCGAGCAUUUCUGGUCUAGGGUGCAGAGAUACCGCGACUUGAGAGGAGAUGCAGAUAUAGCAAAUGGUCAGGCACAGAUAGCUCUAGACCAAGUCAGGAGACAAAUGCGCUCCUUCUCUCGAGGAAUGCUUACAGUAGGAAUGUAUUCUGCUGAUUUUCUGCGAAUGGUUGAAGGAGUUCCCGAUUUGGAUGAAGACUAUGUCAACACAUCAUCCAGAGUUAGGACUAACCCCUACUUUGUGCAAAGAGGCGGAAGCAACUCCGGUAGAACAGUUAGGGGUCGACACACCGGCAUAGUCAUUAGGGAACCUAGUGUUCCGCAUCAGGCACCUCCAGAAUGUUAG